GCACGGGACGCAUGCGCGGAGGGCUGGUGCCGCGUAUCGGCGGGGCGCAUGCGCGAUGAGCCCCCAGCAGCUGGCGGCCCAGGCUCCGGGAUCAGGCCGUUAGUAACGUCCGAGGAGCCCGGAGGGAGGAAAAGAGAGGCCAGGCAAUGGAGCCCGCUUGGCGGCAGGGAGGACGGGGUAGGGGCCGUGGGAGGGCCAAAGGCGGCGGCGCCCCCCCCCAAGUAGUUGGACUCGUUCGAGAGGCUGAGGCUGCUGCUGCUGCUGGUGGUGGUGGUGGAGGAGGAGGAGGAGAUGAUAGACAUGGAAGAGGCUCCAGCAGCAGCAGGUCAAGGAAUCAGUCCGAUUCCAGCAAUGAGCUGUCAUCACUGAAAAAAUUUGAAGAAAUUCGUAAGGCCAAUCAGGCUAUAGCCCAAAGGUUUGCUAAUGAGGACACUUCCUCUGAAGAAGAAGAGGAUUUUGAGGGUCAGCAAGGGAAAAUCGUUGCCUCAACAUUUACAGCAUAUUCUAGUCAUAUAGGUGAAAAUUCUUCCAGAGAAUUGGAACGCACGAAACAAUAUCUGAAUGAUGCAUUUCAGUCAGGUGCUCAAACAUGCCUCAUCUGCAUAGCCUCAGUAAAGAGGAAUCAGGCUAUCUGGAGUUGCUUCCGCUGUUACUGUAUCUUUCACAUCUCAUGUAUCCAGAAAUGGGCAAAAGACAGCAUUUUUCUUGUAUCCUCUGUGUUGGAUGAUGACUUUGGAAAAAAAGAUCAUCCCUGGCCAUGUCCUAAAUGCAGGCACCCAUAUGAACAGUCUCAAACUCCAACAAGGUAUUACUGUUACUGUGGAAAGGUUGAAGAUCCUCCAUCAGACCCUUGGUUGGUACCUCAUUCCUGUGGCCAAGUUUGUGACAAAGAAUUCAAGCCUUUAUGUGGACACAAGUGUCUUCUUUUAUGCCAUCCUGGUCCUUGCCCGCCUUGUCCAAAGAUGGUCUCCAUAACCUGCUACUGUAACAAGGCUAAACCAGUGUCCCGACGUUGCAGUGCUAAGGGGUGGUCCUGUCAGCAGCUGUGCAACCGGCUAUUAACUUGUGGGCAGCAUAAAUGUGAAAAUCCAUGUCAUACAGGUAAUUGCCCAGAGUGUCCCCGUGUCAGCAGACAACGGUGUUUAUGUGGGAAGGAAACAGCUGAGAGGCUGUGUGCUAGUCCGCAGUGGCAGUGUGAAAAGGUGUGUGGAAGAACUCUAACUUGUGGUAAUCAUACAUGUGAGCAGGUCUGUCACCGUGGGACUUGUGGAAAUUGUCCUCGAUCAGGAUACAGGGCUUGUCCCUGUGGGAAGUCAAAGUCUGCACUGCCCUGUACAGAGGACAUACCAACUUGUGGUGAUACUUGUGACAAACCAUUGGCAUGUGGCCUUCAUAGAUGUUCAAUGCGUUGCCACCGUGGACCUUGUGAAACCUGUAGACAGGAAGUGGAAAAACAAUGUCGUUGUGGGAAACACUCAAAGAUUUUGCCAUGUCAUAAGGAGUACCUGUGCGAAACAAAAUGCAUCAAGUUGCGUGACUGCCAAAGGCAUCAGUGUAAGCGAAAGGCAGCAUUGACGAUGUCCGGGGUGAAAGCCAGUCUGGACGCCCAGCCUCAGAAUGGCCUCAAAGUCCCGCCCUCAAUGUGGACUUGGACUCCCGGCCUCGAGGUAAAGCCCAAAGUGGUCUGUGUUGGAAGGAAUGUUAUUCGGAACUCUUAG